UCGUGUUUUCAUUUUAACACAUGUGGUUAAUACAUAUGUCAGCUUGUAGGUUAGCGAUAACGUUAAGGUCUUAUAGGCCACAGGCAAUCCCGCGAUUAUUGGAGCAUUGAAGCAGUUGUAAUGGAUAUAUCUCGUAAUACCGUUGAUAAAAUUAGUAAAAGUGUAGUGAAUUUUCACAAUAAGCUGUUGCAAUUUAGAAAGUGCCAAAUACUGCGUGACCAUGCAGUCAUUACAGAAGAUCUAUGGGUGCGUAAUGGGAAAAUUGUGGACCCCGAGAAAGUGUUUUUUGACGAGAAAAUUACUGCUGAUGUACAGAUAGAUUGUAAAGGAGCUUUGGUAGCACCCGGUUUUAUAGAUUUACAAAUAAACGGUGGUUUUGGCAUUGACUUCUCCUACAACAAUCACGAUGUUGAGGCAGGUGUACAGAAAGUGGCUAAGGGACUCCUGGCACAUGGUGUUACAGCGUUCUGUCCAACACUCGUCACAUCGCCUCCCUACGUGUACCUUAAGCAGGUGUUACCACUGCUUAAGAUACGGCCUGGGGGGCCAGAAGGUGCUGCUAUUCUUGGUGCUCAUUUAGAAGGUCCAUUUAUUAAUGUGAAUAAGAAAGGGGCUCAUCCUGCCCAGUACAUUCAAGACAUGGACAGGGGUUUGGAUUCUCUUCAGGAUGUAUAUGGAAGUAUAGAAAAUGUGAGAAUUGUAACCCUGGCACCUGAGUUGAAUAAUGCUGUGGACAUAAUAGAAGAAUUAACAAAGAGAGGAAUUACUGUGUCUUUAGGACAUUCUUUGGCUGACCUGAGUGAAGGGGAGCGUGGAAUCCAGCAUGGAGCCACACUUAUAACACACCUGUUUAAUGCUAUGCCAGCAUUUCAUCACAGGGAUCCUGGCCUUGUGGGUCUCCUUGGAUCUGACCUCAUUAAUGAUGGACAUAGUGUUUUCUAUGGUAUAAUUUCUGAUGGAAUCCACACGCAUCCAGCAGCAUUGCGAAUAGCACAUAGUACACAUCCAGAUGGUUUAGUGCUGGUGACAGAUGCUAUCUCAGCACUGGGACUGGAAGAAGGAACACACCAGCUGGGACAGUUAGCCAUUGAAGUGAAAGGUGGACGUGCUCUGGUGGCAGGCACGGAAACCCUCUGUGGCAGCAUCGCGAACAUGAACCAGUGUAUCCAGUUCUUCAUGAAAGCUGUGUCAUGUUCUGUAGUGACUGCCUUAGAAGCUGCAACCCUGCACCCAGCACAAGCAGUUGGCAUCCAUGACAGAAAGGGAACACUCAGUUUUGGAGCAGAUGCAGAUUUUGUCUUCUUGGGUGAAGACCUCAAAGUAUGGUCCACUUGGAUUGCUGGAGAAUGUGUUUACCAGGAUACGGAAAGCCCACAUCCAACACUGAGGCUGAUUUAGAACUGAACACAUCUUUGUUACAUUUCUUUCAUAAGAUACAAAGAAAAAUUGUCAUUGGGAUUAGUUGCAAUAUUGCAUUUUAUAUGAAAAUAUUGUGAUACUGCUUCAUAGUGAAUAUUGGUGGUUCCAUCAUUG